GGUUUCUUUGUGCCGCCGGCAGAGCUACCAUCAACUGUUCACGGAGGUGUGUCGCUACUAAAAGGACAUCGAGUUAAAAACUUGAAUCCCGAUGAGAAAAAAGCUUACCUGGACGAUGGAACAUGUAUUUCGUACGAUAAGUGCCUCAUUGCCACAGGAGGAAAACCGAAGACUUUACCUGAGCUCGAAAAUGCAGGAGAAGACGUAAAGAAGAGAGUCUUGUAUUUACGAGGGGUGGACGAUUAUCGCACACUUGACUCUAUAUGUAAGACCUCAAAGUCUAUCGUCAUCGUCGGUGGCGGUUUCAUAGGUUCUGAGCUAGCUUACAGCAUUCAUAGGAAAUACAAGGACGUGAAAAUCACUCAGGUUAUUGCGGAGAAUGGUAAUCUCAGUCGAGUACUUCCAGAAUUUCUGUCUAAAAAGGCUGCCGAAUCACUUCGAGGAAUAGGUGUUGAUGUCAUAACUAAUGCCAAGAUCACCGGGGCUCGGAAACAUGGCGAGCAGUUGGAAGUGGAGGUGAACGGAUCAAGAUCUAUCUCUUCUGACUACAUUGUGGUGUGCAUAGGAAUCCAGCCCGAUAUUUCAGUAGCCGAAGCUUCUGGUCUAGAGAUUGACAGCCGGUUAGGCGGUGUAACCACGGAUGCAGAGUUACGUGUUCGAUCGGAUAUUUGGGCUGCAGGAGACGCGGCAUCGUUCUAUGACAAAUCCCUGGGUAGACGAAGAAUAGAGCACUGGGAAAAUGCACAGGUGAGUGGGCGAUUGGCAGGCGAGAACAUGACAGGAGCUGGGAGGGCAUUCUGGUAUCAACCAGCGUUCUUCUCAAAAAUUGCUCCUCAUUGGCACAUCAACGCCGUCGGCAUCACAGAUUCAUCGCUGCCAACUGUCUCAGUGUUCGCGAAAGAUGAUAAUGCCAAUGAAAGCUAUGAGCGAGGCGUCGUGUUCUAUAAAGGAGAUGACGGGAAGGUUGUUGGUGUGCUUAUGCUGAAUGUGUAUGGCUCUGGCGUAGAUGUCUCUCGACGAUUGAUCGAGGAAGCGAGAAGUGUAGAUGAUUUCCAACAACUUGCAAAACUGUAUCAACUCUAUAGAGUUGCCGAAGCUGAAGAGGACGAAAAGAAGGAGGAAAAACCUGAAAAAGCAUGA